AUAUAUUAUGUCCAUUACAGUAUGUGUAUAUAUAGCCGAUUUUGUUUUAUUUAUUAAUGAAUUUUGUGGUAAAUAUGCACUAGUUAUUGAAAUAAGUUAUACUGCAUGCAUCGGACCUCGACGAUAGCGUUUUCUUAGUCUUCAUGUGACUCACACGAGAAGGGUUAAACCUGUGCACUUUUAAGCACUUGUUCCAGAUAUAACCAAACAAAUAUGAAGGACAAGACAAAUAACUUGACAUCUGACAUAGCUCAGAAAGUAUGGUUCAAAUACAUCCUUUCCUGCUGCUCGGCAACAUGUGCUGAACUGGUUACGUAUCCCCUGGAUCUCACCAAGACCCGCCUUCAAAUCCAGGGAGAGGCAUCUCUGGGAAAGGCGGCGCCAUACCGCGGGUUCCUGCGCACGGCGGCGGGCAUAGUGCGCGAGGAGGGCGCUCGCCGUCUGUGGCAGGGCGUCACACCGGCCAUCUACCGCCACCUCAUCUACACGGGGGUGCGAAUGAAUGGCUAUGAGUGGCUGCGGGAUCGGAUCGCGCCCCCCGGCCGGCCCCUGCCCGUCUGGCAGGCGGCCGGCGCGGGUCUGCUGGCCGGUGGGCUCGGGCAGCUGCUGGCCUCCCCGGCUGACCUCGUCAAGGUUCAGAUGCAGAUGGAAGGCCGGCGGCGGCUGCAGGGUCACAAACCCAGAGUGAAGAACGCCGCGCACGCGUUCCGCAAGAUUCUCCGCGAGGGCGGCGCGCGCGGCCUGUGGAAGGGCUGCGUGCCGAACGUGCAGCGCUCGGCGCUGGUGAACCUGGGCGACCUCACUACCUACGACUCGGUGAAGGCGCGCCUGGUGCGCGGCACCAACCUGGGCGACACGCCCGUCACACACUUCCUGGCCAGUGUGGCCUCCGGCCUCGUGUCGGCCACUCUGGGCACCCCUGCCGACGUUGUGAAGACUCGCGUCAUGAAUCAGCCCACCGACGCCAGUGGAAGAGGGACGCUGUAUCGGAACUCAAUCGAUUGUUUCGUGCGUCUGGUCCGAGAGGAGGGUCUAUUGGCCAUGUACAAAGGCUUUCUGCCCUGCUGGAUACGCAUGGCUCCCUGGAGUCUCACCUUCUGGUUUACAUAUGAAAAUCUACGGAAACUGGCCGGCACGGAAAGCUUCUAGCGACGGCGGGGAGAGAGGAGGGAGCAGAAUGGUCUGUUGAAACAAUGCCGACUCGGAUAAGUAUCUCAUGGCUUCAGCCAUCACACGUCACAGACCUCUCAGCCGAUUUGCAGCAUUACAGGGACCCACCGUUAGUGUAUAUUCAAUUGGCCGAGAUUUCUGACCAGCCAGUGACUAUAAAAUGUUAGGGGGAACGUUUUAUACCGGACCUAGAAACUAUUUGUGUAAUAUGUAUCGAGCUUGUGCGAAAACCAGACUGUGCUACUUCAACAAUGCAAUUGCUAGGAUAAGUUUAGAAAGGUGUGUGUGUGGCUCAACGUCAUUUACUCGUUGUGUGGUGUGGUUGUGCAAUGUUUGUAUUUCAGAAGCUGGUGCAAUCGAGUUUGAAAUUAGUGUGCUUUGAUGGAUGUGUAUUGGAUAAUGAGCUCGGACCACAUUGGAAAGUGUAUGCAGUUAAUGUCAACGUUGAAUGCAAGUCCUGAAGCUUCGGUAAUGUCUUUCAAAGCUUGCCAUAUUUAAAACAAGUUGUCAAAUGUAAAAUGCCAGUUCUUAUUAUUCAUUGGAACGAGAUUUGGGCCGCACGAGGCAUUGAAUGAAUACUGAGGUGUAUUUUUGCUGCGAAUCCCAAUGUCUCGCACUAUUUUCAGCCCGGCCAGUUUUGAUUUAGCUGUUGGUUACAAUUUACAAUUACAAUUACAAUCUAUGUACCUACCUCGUAGUGUUGUAAUUUGUGUCAAGAGCGGACCGAAAUCACGAUUGCAUGGUGCAUUUGAGAUGCUGUCUUUUUUGGACCGACGAUUGUACUAUUCGCAUCAUCGAUGUGUGAUUGUUCUGUGAACCGUUUGAUACCCAAUACCCAUGUCGCGUUGUCGUUUUAUUGUCAAUUGUCAUGCUUUGUGGUAGCUACCGGAGACUCGUGGGGCAUUGUUUUUGAAGGUCGAAACCCAUUGGAGUACAUGUUGUACGCCUGAGUUGUGAAUUUUGCGGAAUGUCACCUGUGCGUUAACACUUGGUGAGCAAUGUCAACACAUCUUUUGGGAAGUGUGACCAGCUAAAGUCGAAACGGACGUCUGCGUGGUUUUUGCGCGAAAUAUGUGCCGUUAGUAGGUAAUUCUAGCAGGGUUAUUCGGCCUGUGAUGGAGUUUUUAAGCAAUUCUGAUAACGUUUUCAUGACUGGAGAAAUAUAAUGUGUGCAUGGUGAGCGAUCGUUUCGAUCUGGUUUGAAUUCCGUCAAUGUUUGGAUGUUCAAAACCCCCUUCACUAACCAACUUAUAGGCCAGGAGCCACCACCGUAAUGGUAUUCAUUGCUUCUGAAACCCAUUCGCCACGAUCACAUCCUCGGGGAUCCUUCAUCCGUUUACGGAGGGGUACUUCAUGGGGUACCAUGGGGUACUUCAUUAGACGAGGAAGUUGAUAAGGAGAUCGACGUACCGACGUACCGUCGAUGUCUCGUGUGAUUUCAUCGUUCAGCCCAUGGGCCGCUGAAGACCAGCUGUAAUGACAUGCCCAUUGGCUAAUGUCCGUGGCUAAUGUAUGAUAGGUAUUGAUUUGAUACAUUUUUUAUAAGUUCUGGCCCACUACGGUCAAAAUGCAUAUUCAGAUACCCAAUAUUAGGAAAUUCACAAAAGAACAUGGUUGAAUCCUAUUCAAUGGCUUUGCGGCUUUCAUGACUUGCUAUCUUCUUUACGAUAAGUCUGUGGCGAAUCUGGCAGUGAAGAAGUUGUGGGUAUAUAUUUUUUGCAGCGUUUUAGUGCUAUCACGUGGUGCGUUUUGCAGUAAAGACACAUCCUUGACGUCGGCAUUUUUCACGGAACAGUGGAGCGGUGGUGUUUAUUUUUGUCUGCAUAAGGUGAGUUAUUGCUAAAAGGGUUUUUUCAACUUAAGAAUUAAUUUCAUGCAACUGAACUAUUGUAAAAACACAUCUUAUGUGUUAUCGCCUCGCAGUUGUCUUUGCAUGAAUGCAUUCAUUGUCGAAGGACGAAGGGAAGGGUUUCAAUUCUGUUUUGCCUUAAUUUCCGAUUUUCUGUAUGUUUAAGUGAUUACAAAGGGUCAUCGUAACAUCCCUUAGUCGACACUUCCUCAUUUACAUUCACAACUUUGGCUUUUGUUAUGUAAUGCUCAUGAUAAUAAAACAUGAAUUGAGCUUCAUCCUGAUCCAAAAAGCUGGAAGAUUGCAUGUUUAAUUCUUGAGUUAUCAAACCUGACCACCCACCCCUAUGUGUGUGUCACCAGGUGAUGGCCUCCCGCCAGGGCUUGUCGCUGUUCGUCGGAAACCUGCCGUGGACAGUGAGCACCCGCGAGCUGCGCUCCUACGUCUCCCAGUUUGGGCCCGUCGCCUGGGCCCGUGUGGUCUUUGACCCCAAGACUGGCCUGAGCAAGGGCUAUGGCUUUGUGACCAUGAAGACCCGCGAGAGCUUCAACGCAUUCAUCAACAAACCGGGCCACGUCUUGGAGGGCUCCCAUCUAUCGGUCAGCGAACGGAAGGGCCCUGGCUCGGAAUAGGACGCGCUGAAUAGUAGGAAGUAGGAACAUAACCCGCUAGUGCGCGGUGCGUGUGAUAGUGCUGCCACCUGUGACCAUUUGUGAACUAUUAGUACAAUUUUCCAACGUUAGUCGCCGCCACCGUCAACCACCAUGGGCGACCUAGAAAAGGAAAUGAUCUCCGAAGCGUUCGACGACGCGGCGCGCUGCGUGGAGCUCCUCGCCUCUUCCGGUCGCCUGCCGGACGACGAUCUUCUCAGACUAUACGCGUGUUACAAACAGGCAACCUGCGGCGAAUGCCGCGGGCAGAGACCGGGACUGUUCAGCCUCUCCGCACGGCGCAAAUUCGACGCAUGGAAAUCUCUGGGCGAGAUGACGGAACUCGAGGCGAAGCGGCGCUAUGUGGAGAUUCUCACCGAGCUGCAGCCCAACUGGAUGUCUGGAGGGGACGCCGAAACCGCCGGCCAGCCGCGGGGACUUGGUAUCGCCGUCUCCACUCCAGUCCGUGCAGAGGAAGAUGGCGCCACGGUCGGCGACGACGCGUCCCCUCUGGAUUUGGUAAAGGCGGGGAGGUGUGAUCUACUAGCCCAGCGGGCCACAUUUGACUGCGAGUCGGCUGACGGAGAGGGUCUGCGUCUUCUUCACUGGGCUGCCGAUCGCGGUCAUGUCGACAUAGUUCGUCUGCUGCUCACCAGAGGCGCCACUGUCGACUGCCGUGACGCGGAUGGGCAGACGCCGCUCCACUACGCGGCUAGCUGCGGGCACACAGAAGUCGCGAGGGUGCUCCUGGAGGCGGGCGCGGACCCGAAGGUCACUGACACGGACGGAGUGACGCCGGCGGAGGGGGCGGAGGGAGAGGUCAGGUCACUGCUGGACCAGGCGGGCAAAACUUGAGGUCAGGAUGAACCGCGAGGUCAGGGGUCACGUGAGGUCUGCUCGGCGGUGGACAGUUCCUCGCACAGUCGCUGUGUUUGUCGGAUUUAGCGGACUUUUGAUAUUGAAGUGGAAUGAACUUUUUGUUAAAUAUUCAAACAGGUCAGAUGCCCUUUUUGUUACAAACCUUUCUGAAGUAAAGUGAGCCAUGUGAUGGAAGAUUGGUGUUUAUGAAUAAACUGCCAACACCGAUUUCAUUUAUGUCACCAUUUGCUCGUCGUGAGUGUAAUUGGUAAGCCUGAGGCGAGACUGGCAGAUUUGAAAUGAUUUCGUGUGCUGCCGUCAUCUCCAGUGUGAAUGUUGUUUUUGUUUGUGAUGUGUGCGCCAAUCAGAUGUGAUUCAAGCAAAUGGUGCCAUGUCUGACGAUUGAAGGGGCAAUACAUGUUUGAAUUGAA